UUGUCACAUGAUUGCGAAGUAGUUACUACAAAUAUGGCUCCAUUACAGCCGAGUUUCCAUCUCGACAAAAUCUUAUUAUGUCAACAUGGCUACACCACUGUCAUGCCAGUAAACAGUCUCGAGGGUUGCAUGCACGAGGGCUGCAAAGGGAGGAGGACUUUAAAGCUCAGCCGCUGACCACCGGACUUCGACCCUGAAAAUUGUCAAUGAGUAUAAAAGUAGUUGUUUGUGUUGAAACGCCUGCAGCUGCCCCGAGGUCUGCUCCGUAGCUCUCUGCAGCCGAAAGCUGUCGAUGGAUUUCCAAAAACUUUGCACUUUUGACACCUUCAAGCAGCUGUGGAGUCACUACGGUUAUGGAGAAAACUUCCAAGACGUGAUUGAGCAGGAGUUCACACGGAUUAAAGGAAUUACAUACCUGGAUCAUGCAGCAACUACUCUGUACCCUGAGUCUCUGGUCAGGGACUACUUCCAGGACAUUUCAAGGAAUGUGUACGGAAACCCUCACAGCCAUAACCCCAGCAGCAGACUGACGCAUGACACAGUGGAGAGGGUCAGAUACAGGGUAUUGCAGCAUUUUAACGCUACCCCUGAGGAGUACUCUGUGAUUUUUACUUCUGGUUGUACAGCCACACUCAAAUUAGUGGCUGAGAGCUUUCCCUGGAGGCCACAGACUGAGAGCGAAGCAGGGAGUUGCUUCUCCUACCUCACUGACAGCCAUACCUCUGUAGUCGGCAUAAGAGGACUGACUUCUGGCCAGGGGGUGGUUGCCCUGCCUGUCUCCCCGCAGGAAGUGGAAAACAGGGCAAAGGAUGAAGCUCAAGGUGAAGAUGUUAUUUGCCAGACACCGCACCUCUUCUGCUAUCCAGCACAGAGCAACUUCUCAGGGAGGAAGUAUCCCCUUAGCCAUGUGAAAGGCAUCCAGGCGAGACGCCUUUACCCAGCGUGUGGCCACCACGGCCGCUGGUUUGUGCUGCUCGAUGCAGCAUCUCAUGUCAGCUGUUCCCCUCUAAACCUACAGGAGUGCCCUGCUGAUUUCAUUCCCAUCUCCUUCUAUAAGAUGUUUGGCUUCCCCACAGGUCUGGGGGCCCUUCUUGUCCGUAACGACACAGCAGGCAUACUAAAAAAGACUUAUUUUGGAGGAGGCACAGCAGCAGCUUACCUUUCUGGAGAAGAUUAUUAUGUGCAGGUGGCAAACAUUUCUGACAGAUUUGAAGACGGGACUGUCUCUUUCUUAGAUAUCAUUGCUUUAAAUCAUGGUUUUGAAGCUCUUAACAGGAUCACAGGGGGCAUGCACAACAUCCAACAGCACACAUUUGGCUUGGCACGCUACACUUACAUGCUGCUGUCAAGUCUUUGCCAUGGCAACGGGCGACCAGUGGCUCAGAUAUACACCGAAGGCCAGUUUGAGAGUCCAAGCACACAGGGCGCAAUCCUUAACUUCAACAUUAAGGAUUCUCAUGGACAGAUAAUUGGAUAUUCUCAGGUGGACAGAAUGGCCAGUCUUUACAAUAUCCAUGUGCGCACAGGUUGCUUCUGUAACACCGGUGCCUGUCAGUUUUUCCUCGGGAUUACCAAUCAGCAGAUGAGGAGGAACCUGCAGGCUGGCCAUGUCUGUGGAGACACCAUCGACCUGGUGGACGGCCAGCCGACCGGAUCUGUACGUGUGUCCUUUGGCUACAUGUCGACAUUUGAAGACUGUCAAAAGUUCCUGAACUUUGUUGCUGAGUGCUUUGUGGAGAAACCAGUUACAGUGGACCAAGUGAGACUAGAGAAGCUAAAAAAAGCCACAGCAACAACCCAGAGCCUAAAUGAAGGAAUCAAAAUCACUAAUGGAGAAAUAUGUAAAGUAGAUGAGAAGGAGAAGGCUGCAGAAGCGUCAUUGAGAGGAUUUGGACACAGAGACUCACACAGAGAGGCUUAUACUCUGACCAACAUUUUCAUAUAUCCCAUCAAAUCAUGUGGCGCCUACGAGGUCCACAACUGGCCGGUGGGACCACUGGGUUUACUGUAUGACAGAAGCUGGAUGGUAGUGAAUGGAAACGGCGUGUUCCUGAGUCAGAAGAGAGAGCCACGCUUAUGCCUCAUUCACCCACAAGUCCGCCUACCCUCAAACAAAUUGCUCCUGCAGGCAUCAGGGAUGGAUACCAUUUCACUUCCCUUGGAAAGCAACAAUAAAAUGCACACAAGCUAUCAGGUGUGUCAGAGUAAAGUUUGCGGCGACAGGGUGGAGACUGUCGACUGUGGGGAUGAGGCUGCAUCAUGGCUCUCAGAAUUUCUUGGACAGCCAUGCCGCCUGAUAAGACAAAGUCCUGAUUUUACCCGAGACAUGAAGAGACCUAGUGGAGCUGCCACCUCCACAUCCCUCUCCCUCGUGAAUGAAGCUCAGUAUCUCAUGAUCAACCGUGCCAGUGUGGAGCUCAUUCAGAAACUAAUGAGGAGCAGGCAGGACGACUCUGAGGGCGAUCAGCUCCUUGACACACAGAAUGUCAUUAGCCGCUUCCGAGCCAAUUUAGUCAUCGCUGGGGUAGAACCAUUUGAGGAGGAUAAUUGGUCACACUUGAUUAUUGGCAACACUCGAUUCGUGGUCGUAGGGCAGUGUGGAAGAUGCCAGAUGAUCGGAGUAGACCAGGAGACUGGGACCAAAACAAAAGAGCCACUAAUGUCUCUCUCUGCCUACCGCAAUAAGAAGGUCACUUUCGGUGUGUACCUCACCCAUCAGGUACCAGAGGGCUCCACUGAAGCCUGUGUUCUCUCUGCUGGUUCCUUUAUACAGCCAGUGCCGCACAGUUCUUGAAGUAGUCAUCUGCGUCUUUAUUUAUUUUGGUGUCGUCUUUGGUCCUAAGUGGUUAUUUUUGCACUGCAUGUCCUAAAGAUCACCUGUCAAACACUGCGGGGAGUUCUGUAGAUGUUGCUCUUUAAUUUGUCUGUGAUGCCCUGGUGGCUUUUGUCCUCUCAAGUAUCCUUUUCAUACCAGGGCAUUCAGAUUUCAUUUUGUCUGAGUCUGUUUUGAUGGGAAAUGAAUAAGAUUUCUAGAUUUCUUCCCCAGUGGUUACGUUCUUAAAAUGUGUGCAAUAAAGUUGAUGUAUUAAUUGCAAUUAUAAUUUGAAUGCAUGACUAUUAUUUGAGCCAAAACAUGUCAGCCUUGAUGCAAUAAUCGCUGCUCAUGGUAACCUCCCAGACAGUUGAUCCUCCUCUGUUUAUUCCCAUGGAGGAUUAUAUUGCUAUUUAUUCCAAACACACCACCACUGUUACUGCUGCUACAAAUCUAAAACAUAUUGCUCCCUGUAAUGGAAAAACCUACCAGACACUCAGUGUAUGCUUUCAACGUGGUGCAGACUUGGACAUCAGAUGUUCUGCCAGAGAAAGUAAUAACUUGAUGCAGAGAGGAUAGAAAAUGUGUAUUUUCUGGGAGUAAAGUUAGAUAUCUUGGCCACCAGAAAUGAUGUGCUCAGGGUGACAUGCUUGUACAUGAAGCACAUACGUAUGUGCUCAAAUGAUGUGUCAAGGUCUGGCAGUAAAUUGUCCCUGUAAAUUGCUCACCUAUGGUGUUGUUACAGAGGGCUGUAAGAGGUGGCUGUUGUGUGUCCCAGGGUUUUGUGCUGCUUAAAGGACGUUAGCCAGUAUGUGUGUGUUCACAUUUCAAGCUGCAUAGUGCACAGAAAUAGGGUUGCACUACUAAUUGAAAUACUAUCAAAAUCACAGUAUGGCCAAGUGCAAUAUCCAAAUCGCAGCAGGCCUACAAAUCAUAUUCCAGACCUAAGGGAUCAUGCUUGUUUCAUACAGACCCCAGCAAAAAAUUACAUCAUCAUUUCUGUAUUUUUAUCAGUGAAAAUAGAGUGCAGAAUUACUAUUCCCACUAAAAUUCAACUCAUAUCAUCAUUGCAGUAUCUAUCAAAAAUAAAAACUGUGAUUUUUUUCUUGCAUAUUGUGCAGCUCUACAUAGAAAUAGAUUGCAUAUGUUAGGGAAUAGUAGGACAUGACUGUACAAAGUGUCUUAGUAGUGUGUUGGACUACAACAAACUUGGACAGCUUCACUGCUGCUAGAGGGAUGAACACCAUUCUUCCAAAAGAUAUCGCUUCACGUGAUUUUUACAGGGUAUAGUAUAUGACUCAUUUUCAUAGCUACUCAUUAAACACUUUAUUGACUCUUCUUUUUCAUUAACAUCCAUCUCUUCUUCCUCCUGGCACCAAACACUGGUACAGUUUCUGGAGACUAGGGCCUGUUACAACAUGGGGAAGUUGCAACAGCUCUUAUUCCGCCAAUCAGAAGAUAAUUUUUAACACAUUGCAACACGUUUUCAUCCCAAGUCGUCACAUAUCACCUCUUUGUCAGUGGUCGUUUAUAUCUACCCAUUACGCACCAGGUAUCCUUCUGCGUCAGCUGUUAACUAACGUUCCAGAAUGCCACUACCAACACAGACAUCAACAAAAGCACAUGGUUAGGUUCAGGCUACAACAGCAUGUUGUUGGGUAUGAAGAAAACAUCUUGGUUUGGGGUCCACAUUCAUACAGGAGGCAACCACCUGGCUUCUGAGUGAAAGUUUGGGGUUUGCUCAACCCAUCCACCAACCCUCACACCCACCCUGUAGGGACUGUCCAGCUCCUUAUAUUACAUCAUUACUGGCAGAGUCUCAACCUGAUGCUGUCCAGAGGUGUAUCAUACAGCCGUGACAGGUGCCAUCUGGCAGACAGGCAGUGUAUCAUAACACUGUGAAAGGUUACGUCCAGUUACAUUCUGACGCUGCCCUGCCGCAUAUUGUACCACCACGAAAGUUGGCUUUUGGCUUCAGGAAUCUGUGGUCAAAAUCACUGACAAUGCGACGGUAUUUGAUGACUUUGGAAUGAGAACAAGCUGUUGGAACUGUCCCCAGGAUUGGGAUCAGUUGCAACCACAGAUGGUAUAAAUAAUGGACACAACUACUGUGAUGUCACCCACUGGUUUGUAAACUCCCAUUUUGAAGACUCAAGUUCGGCAUUUCGGCCAUCGUCAUUUUGGGGUUUUUUUGGAGCCAGAAGUGGCUUUAUUUGGACGAGAGGUUAGAGCUGUGGAGGAGUGAGUGGUGUUAUCUGAUGUAGCAAGGCCUUACAGAUGGCCUGUCACGGUAGCAGCCCCGCCUUUAAAUAUGCAUAACCUUGAGCUUUAAUGAAAUGUAAAUGGGUACAUUAUGAAAAAAAUAACACCCUGUACAGUUGUCAUGAAUGUUAAAAUUAGCAAUAGAGACUAAAACCAUUUUUUAUGUCUGCAAUAAAGUUGUGCAUUUUAACGUUGGUGUCUAUGAGGAUUUACUCCAGGGGUGAUUCUAGGAUCAGAGGUUUAGGGGUGCUGAGCACCCAGAGAGCUGCCCGUCCAGGCAAGCUGCCCGGCCAGGCAAAAUUUCACUGUUUUGUACAUUUUAACGCAAUUUCAUUCCCUCAUUUGUGAAAAAAAGCACAACACUUUUUGGGAAAGUCUGUGACUAAACCAUCAAAUCUGAUCAAGGUUAUUUAAAUGCUGAGCCACAGCAAAAGAGGAAUGGAUUGGAAUCAUAAAAGAAACGUAUUCUAACCCUAAUUUCUGGGGGAAGACAACUCAUUUUGAUACAGCAGCUCCUCAACAUACGCAUAGUAUGUAUGUUUCUGGAGUAAACCAGCCCCCUAUAGUGAGUACCAAAAAUACCAAAAAUGGACCUUGGGCUUAUUUUUUGGACUUUAAUUUGAAAUGAAAUGCACAACAUGUAACAUUAACUCAUUAACAGUAAUUGACUUUUUCAGUGUUUGUCUCUGCCUUUUUCCUUCUUGUCUGUAUUAUAUAAUACAAAUACAUAAA